AUGCGUAUUCGCCUACAGCCUCGCAGGAGACCACAAGGUAAGCGACCCCCAGGUAAGCUGAAUGUUGCUUUGUUGUCUUUGCCUGCUCACCGUCUCCAUUUCAGCAAUGAGCUAGCUCAACGGCUAGACAAACUUCCUAUCGCUGCCGCCGACGCCGACGCCGCCGCCGCCGCCGCCGCUGCCGAGAACACCUCCGUGGAGAACCGCUGGUGUCAGCUGCGAGACACGGUCCAGUCGACGGCUUUCGCCGUCCUCGGUCGCGCUCCCCGCCAACACCAGGACUGGUUCGACGACAACGACGCCGCCAUCAGAAAUCUGCUUGCCGAGAAGAACCGCCUACACAAAGCCUACGUAGAUCACCCUACUGAGGACAACAAAGCUGCCUUCUACCGCAGUCGCCGACAGCUUCAGCAACGACUGCGCGAGAUGCAGGACGCCUGGACUGCUCGCAAAGCUGAGGAGAUCCAAGGCUACGCGGACCGCAACGAAUGGAAGAACUUCUUCUCCGCGAUCAAAGCUGUCUACGGUCCGCCGACGAAGGGCACCGCUCCUCUCCUCAGCGCCGACGGCAGCACUCUCCUGACUGAGAAGACGCAAAUACUACAGCGAUGGGCCGAGCACUUCCGAGGCGUCCUCAACCGCCCUUCCGUCAUCUCCGACGCCGCCAUCGCCCGCUUGCCGCAAGUGGCGACCAACGUGGACCUCGACCUCCCGCCAUCUCUCCAGGAAACGAUCAGGGCCGCGCAGCAGCUCUCCAGCGGGAAAGCACCCGGAUCGGACGCCAUCCCUGCUGAGGUCUACAAGCACGGAGGUCCCCUACUGAUGGAUCACCUGACUGCGCUCUUCCAGGAGAUGUGGCGUCAAGGUGAAGUCCCGCAAGAUUUCAAGGACGCAAAUAUCGUGCACCUUUACAAGCGCAAAGGGAAUCGCCCAGUCUGCGACAACCACCGCGGCAUCUCCCUACUGAACAUCGCCGGGACGAUCUUCGCUCGCAUCCUGCUCAACCGCCUCAAUAACCAUCUGGAACAGGGCCUUCUGCCGGAAAGCCAAUGCGGCUUCCGUCGUCAUCGUGGGACCACGGAUAUGAUCUUCGCAGCCCGCCAACUCCAGGAGAAGUGCCAGGAGAUGCGAACCCACCUGUACUCUACAUUCGUGGACCUGACGAAAGCCUUCGACACGGUGAAUCGUGAAGGACUGUGGAAGAUCAUGCAGAAAUUCGGCUGUCCGGAGCGAUUCACUCAGAUGGUGCGUCAGCUGCACGACGGUAUGAUGGCGCGAGUCACGGACAACGGAGCUGUCUCAGAGGCAUUCGCAGUGACCAACGGAGUGAAGCAGGGCUGUGUGCUGUCGCCUACCCUCUUCAGUCUUAUGUUCUCUGCCAUGCUGAUGGACGCCUACCGCGACGAACGCCCUGGAAUCCGCAUCGCCUACAGGACGGACGGUCGUCUCCUGAAUCAACGGCGCAUGAACUUCCAAUCGCGCGUAUCCACAACUACCGUGCACGAACUCCUCUUCGCCGACGACUGCGCCCUGAACACCACCUCCGAAGCGGAGAUGCAACGGAGCAUGGACCUAUUCUCCGCCGCCUGCGAGAACUUUGGGCUGGUUAUCAACACGCAGAAGACGGUGGUGAUGCACCAACCGCCGCCCAACUCAGCCACAGCCCCCAACGCGCCGCCGCAAAUCAGCGUGAACGGAAAUCAACUGCAAGUGGUAGAGAACUUCCCGUAUCUGNGCGCAAGUCUACCGGCACUAUAA